CUCGAAUAAUUCGUUACAUAACAACCACAUACCAACCUAACAGGCUAUGCGGUCCCCACGCUAAAUUACUUCCAUUCAGUGUAAUCUCGAUCGUUCCGUCGAACGAAGUGUGUUUUUAAACUGCCGUGAUAAUAAAAGACAAUGGACAACGUUGUGGUCUACUAUUUCCAGCUCAAGGCGAUGGGAGAGAGUACCCGUUUGCUCCUCGCUUACGGAGGUCAGAAAUUCGACGACCGACGCGUGGCUAAAGAAGAGUGGCUUGACCUUAAACCAAAUACCCCUUUCGGCCAGUUGCCAGUUCUCGAGAUAAACGGCAAGAGACACGGCCAGAGCAUAGCUAUUGCCCGGUACCUGGGUCGCAAGUACGGCCUCGCUGGAGACAAUAUUGAGGAGGCCUUCGAAAUUGACCAGAACGUCGAUUUCUAUGGCGACAUUCGUUUGAAGGCGGCCAACGUGUUCCACGAAACAGAUCCUGAGCUUAAGAAAAAGAAGCACGAGGAGUUGCUAAAUAAUUAUUAUCCACAAGCUUUAAAUCGUCUCCAUGACAUAGUGACGAAGAACAAUGGACACAUUGCUCUUGGCAAAUUGACUUGGGGUGAUUUCGUCAUCGCCGGCAUGUACGACUGUUUCAAAGUGAUCCUUCAGAUGCCUGACUUCGACGAAAAAUACCCGAAUAUUCUGAAGCUGUACAGAAACGUAGUUAACCUCCCGCGGGUCAAGGAGUAUUGUGAUGCUGCGCCAAAGUGUGAAUUCUAAGAAACGCUUUUAGAAUUUAUUGUUAACUUUGAUUUUUAAGAUUAUGAAUGCCUAUUGUGAAAAUUUUAUGUAUAAGUA